UAGGGGAUAUGCAAGGGGAAGGGAUAUAGGGAAGAGUGGCUAAGGAGAAAUAAAGCGCAGCGAGCUACGUCGUCCGCGUUGAAUGUAACCGUGGAUGCUGCAUGGAAAUUCGUGUUAUCUCUUCCUUUCGAAAGUGUGUCACAAAGUGAAUGAGAAAAAAAACAAAAAAAAAACAAAAAAAAAAGAACAGUGAUUCAUUUAUACUCGUGCGCAUCGAGAAAAGAUAAAUCUCGAAUCUAUCUCAUCUUUGAUCUCUUCCUAGUUUUUGUUUCUUUUUUUUUUCCCCCCAUUGUGUCUCUCAUCACUUUGGCUUGAUAGUUUGAACGUUGUCUUUGAGGAGAUACAAGAACUACGUCCCACGUCUUCGCUGACUUUUCUGGAUAUGACGAGGCAUGCGCCGUAAACAAUUCUGGGAUUGAUGUAUCACAGGGCGCAGAUCUCGAUUUACUUUGUACUGUGUACAGCAACGGUGAGCCUAGCGCUUUCCACGAAUCAAGAAAAAAAUACAGCCGAGAACAUACAAUGCCCUCCAGAAUGCAUCUGUCUUUCCCAGAAGGUGAUUUGCAAUACGGGAGGGCUAGAGGAUAUACCGACCCAACAUUUACCAGAAGGAGUAGAGGAAUUGUCUCUAACGAAAAAUAAUUUUCCUAUAAUAAAGACCGAUGCUUUCGCCGGUCUACGUGUACUGAAAAAACUCUCAUUGGAUGGUAACAAUAUUUCGUCUAUAAGACCAUUUGCCUUUCGUGGAUUGAACAAAUUACGAGAGCUUUCGAUUCAGGACACACCUUUGUCCUAUAUCGAAAAAUUUUCUUUCGCUGCCCUUCAGAACGUUUCCGUUCUAUUACUGGCGAAUAACAAGAUCCGUUACGUCGAGGGUUACGCAUUUGCCGGUACCUCAAAUAUUCGUGCUAUACUUUUAAGCAACAAUCCAUUAUUAAGUUUACAUAGUCAUGCUUUUACCGGUUUGACAAACGUCAUCAGACUUAUUUUACCAUCGGGUAUUCGUAACAUCGAACCAGAUGCUUUCGAUGGAUUACAUACGGUUGGUCUAUUGAAGCUCACCUUCAUGGAUCUUUCCAGUUUAAAAUCCUACACAUUUCGUGGCCUAAGCCACGUGAACUCUUUAAACAUUCAAGAGAGCGAUUUAGGUGUCAUUCAAAAAGACGCAUUCACUGGUUUAAUUUACGUUGAUCAUCUUAACAUUCUCAACAACAAAAUUGACCUAAUUGAAAGAUUUCAUUUGAGAGACGAAAAUACUGUGAACAUCCUUAGGUUUCACGGUAAUCACGUACUCGAGGCUCCUCGUCAUGCAAAGGACAUAGUUCUAGAAGUGAAUUCGAUCAGCGCGAUCGACAAUCACUUCCCUUGUGACUGUCAAGCUCAUAAUAUUCUCGAGAGCGAUUUCGUUAACGGUAGCGCUAUUGAAUUUCAACGUAAAAAUUAUUGUAUAUCGCCGAUCGAAUACAACAAUAAACCAAUGAAUUUGAUCGACUUUGAGCUUAUCGCCAAUUGUUACGACAAUGUCGUACAGGACAAUCUUGGCUCGGGUGUGGUCAUUGCAAUGUCCUCGUCUCCUAUGAUAUUGUUAAUCGUUAUUUUUCUUUUCAAAAGUUUCCUAUUACCUUGAGAACAAUUUUCUAUACUUUAAGAAUAAUUUAUCGGUGAAUAUAUUUCGACGUCCUUUUGGAUCAUUCUCGAACGAAGAAAAUGAUCGAUUAUUAAUCGCUCUUUGAUUUUCCAAAGACUGGAAUACGAUUUAUUGAUCCGCUUAAUUUAUAUAUUGGAUCUCCAAAAGAAAAAGAAAAAUAAAAGAAAAAAGAAAAAGAAAAAGGGAAAAGAAAAUAUUAGAUAAUGUAAAAUCGUACUUUCAUUCCUAAUCCAUUUUCACUCACUAAUCUUGAUUGAAAUAGACCUAAUUAAAUAGGUUAUCUUACGUUUGUAUAAUCCUUCAAUUUAACGAUCAUAUUCUCUUUGCUACUCGUUCUUCCAUAUUUUUUUCUACGAGUUUCUUACAGUUUUUGAAUUUCUCAAGUUAAAUUAUUACGAAUUAAUGAUGAUGAUAAUGAUGAUAAUGAUGUUGAUAAUGAUGAUGAUGAUGGUGGUAGUGCUGGUGGUGGUAAUGAUGAUGAUGAUUAUGAUGAUGAUUAUAAUGAUAAUAAACUUUCCAGUGAUUCGAAAAAUCGUUAAUACGAAAUUUAACUCGAAACAUUGGAUCGUUUAAAUUGUUUAAGAAUGUUUUGAGAAUUAUUUAAGAAUUGUUUUAGAAUGAAAACUAUAUAAGAGAAUGAUCAUCCAUCAUAAUCGAUUUCGUUCGUAAGUUUAAACGCACGAUCGAUCUAUAUAGUUAGCUUGAUACUUUUAUACUGCUAGUACUUCUAAAUAUCAUAAAACGCCUAAUUGCACAGCAAAAUGAUACCAUUUCGACAAUUCUAAUCAUUCAAUUCGACGCUAUAAAUGGGAUACGAUGGUAUCGUUGUUAAAAUGUCGAUAAGAACAUAUCAAACGGCGAAAGAAAAGUAUUAAUUAAUAUUGUUAGCAAAACUUAUAUUAUGUCCAAUUUGGGCGACCUUGUUUCACGUGUUCAUUUAAAAUUUGUUGAAAAGUUUCAAGCAUUAAAAAAAGAAAAGAAAAAAAAAAGAAAA